UAAGGGGCGUUUAUUUCACUCAUUCUGCAAAGCGCACAGGCACGAUAACAUAAGGUCAACACUGUUCGAAACAAGAAGUCACACAAUAUUUGCUAAACAAGUCGUCUGUGGGACAGUCAUGGGCUCUGAGGCGCAGAUGCAGCGACUGCGCGAGCUCUUCCACGCCUGUGAUGUGGAUCAUUCAGGACGGAUCGAGAAAUGGGAGUUUGAGAAAAUAUGCUCGGAGCUUCACGUCCAGUCCAGCGAGAUCGAUUCGCUUUUCUCCAGACUUGACACCGACGAAGACGGGACGAUAAACCUGGAGGAGUUCAUGGAGGGCUUUCAGGAGUCGCACCUGCUGAAGGAGCCGGAGAUGAGCGGAGAGCCGGCCGGGGAAACUUCCUCUGCCGCCUGGGAAGACUUUAAAUCGCGCCUUGGCGAUCAGUUCAAAUUCAUCCCCAGGAUUGACCAGGUAGCAACUCUGUACCAGAACAUCCGUUUGACGGAGCCCAGAAUGGUCCCUCAGUAUGAAAGGGUUCUUGUCAGUUUCAUCAAGGAGAUCCGGAUACUGAACACAGAAAUGGAGCAUCUGGCGCUGGCUGUCAAGAGAGCUCAGGAUCAGAUGUCUAUGCAGCUGAGUGAGAUGGAGGAAGAGAUGGAUCACCGAAUCCACACCGCAGAGAGAAACACACGUCUGCAGGAGUCUAAAAAAGCUGAGGCGACUCUGAGCAGCAUGAAACACCAGUAUGACUCUCAGAUUUGUGAACUCCAGCAGAAGAUUCAGACUCUGCAGAUGAUGGAGAACCAGAACAGGAGCGUGAGCCUGAAAGAGGAAACAUCGGCACUUAAACGGCAGAACAACGAGCUCAUGCUGCAAAACCAGAAGCUGAAGCAGGAGCUGUUGGAGUCCCACACUAAUGUUGCGUUCUUGCAAAGCGAGCUGGACUCUCUGAAGAGUGAUCUGACAGACCAGAGCAUCAACUGUGAACGAGACGAGGCUCUUAUGAAGUGCUUCUCUGAGGAGAGAGAUAACCUGGAGAGACAGAUCGAGAUGCUUCAGGUAGCAAACAGAAAGCUGCACGACAGUAAUGACAGUCUGCGUACGGCGCUGGAGAGCAGUCAGAGCAAGAGCAAGACUCAGCGUGUUAGCGGACUCUCACCUGGAGUUUACGUGAACACCAGAAAGAAUGUCUGCCACUCUUAUUUUGAUCGGUGCUGCAACACGUGUGUGGAUGAGGAAGACUACGAUCAAUUUCGGCUGAUGGCGGGAAUGCGCAGACAGAGCUGUGAUUCUCUGGCUCUGGCUUUGUGUGACCCGAUGCGCAGACGCAGCUGCGAGGAGGACAGUCUCCCAGACAGCGGCAUGUCUACCCUGCGCUCCAAUAUCGGAUAUGAUUAUGAGCAUGAGAGAACAUCCAGUCCUGUGGAGGCAGAAGACAGCAACACCACAGUGUCUGGAGACACGUCUGAUACUGAGGUUGUGGAAAUGCGAGAAGAGGCUGCGUCAGGGUCGGACAGCGAAUCCGUUCAGAGCUGGAUGCCAUCAAAGCCUGUUCAGACGGAUGACGUUUCUGCUUCAGGGAAGAAAUGCCUUUCUGCUAUUUUCACAGAGAGAGAGCAGGAUGAGCUGGCCGUGUCUCAGUCUCCAUCUGAGAAGGCUUACAGGAUCGUGCUGGCAGGAGACGCUGCAGUGGGAAAGUCCAGCUUUCUUCUCCGUCUCUGUAAGAAUGAGUUCAAAGGCAACACCAGCGCCACACUGGGUGUUGAUUUCCAGAUGAAAACUCUGGUUGUGGAUGGCGUUCCAACAGUGCUGCAGUUAUGGGACACGGCUGGACAGGAAAGGUUUCGGAGCAUUGCUAAGUCAUACUUCAGGAGAGCGGAUGGAGUUCUUCUGCUGUACGACGUCACCUGUGAGAAGAGCUUUCUGAAUGUGCGAGAAUGGGUCGACAUCAUCGAGGAUGUUUCUCAGGAUGACAUUCCCAUCAUGCUAGUGGGCAAUAAGACAGAUCUGAGGAAGGAGGCUCUUCAGGACGGAGUCACCUGCAUUCCAACCAGCUAUGGAGAGAAACUGGCCAUGACAUACAGUGCCUUAUUCUGUGAGACGAGUGCAAAAGAUGGAUCCAACAUCAUUGAAGCUGUUCUUCAUUUAGCCCGAGAGGUGACCAAACACGCCGACGAUUACAAAGAGCCUGUGUCAGUGGCCAAACUGUCUGGAAAUCAUACCAAGAAGAUGUCCAGUCCAAACUGCUGCAUGGGCUGAUGGAUAAACCCGUCGACUUCCACACACUGAUCAAGUAUUUAACCGUUCAACUAUUUAUUCAGCGCGUCAUGAAGGAAAACCAAGUUGGAGAAUUUUUACCGUGGUAAUAACUUAAGAGGUAAAGUUGGUUUUAUAUUCGCACAUUCGUUAGCAGUCUCUAUUGUGUUUACCUUGUUAACGUUACUUUGAAUAUUCGAUCGGAAUUAGCAUGCUAGUAUGACUUCUAAACAACAUUGACACUGUCUAAUUCACUGUGAACAAUGUUGUACUUUGAUAGUCACUGGCUGCUUAUAUGAUUUCCCUGUUUAGAAUUUGCAAAGAGUACUUUUCUGAAAUUAUAUUAUUAAGGAGAAUGUCUGAAUAUCCGAAUAUAAAACCAACUUUACCUCCAUUGCUAAAUAUCUUCAAGUAUUGUCUUCAGGAUUUUAUGAAAAUCUUUGCCUUAAAUAGCCCUUAUAACUUUUAUACCGCAGCUGAUUAUUAGCCCAGAGUUUACUGUGCUGCACCUUACUAUUUAUUGUGUGUAAAACGAAGAGAAUGUUGUCGUAGUUCUGUAAUAGAUCUACUGUAUGAAGUGUGUGUUACUGUAUGAAGUGUGUGUUUUGUAAGUUUAGAUAAUGUGAGCUCAUUUCUGCCCUUAAAAAGUGUGAGUUUACAUCUUACGUUUCUGAUUUGUUUUGUCUCAAUUCAGAUUUUUGUCUCACUAGUUCAGAUUCUUUUUUUUUACUUAUAGUUCUGUUUAUAUCUUGCAAUUUCCUUUUUCUUGUAAUUCUUUGUUUAUAUCUCAGUUCUGUCUGCUUCUGUGAGGUUUUCCUCUUAUAUAUGACCGCUUGCUCAGAACAACAAACUGAGCGUCAUUUAAAACACUAUAGACUGAUUUUCUGCGGCCGCCAUUUUAAACAGCGAAACCGAGGCUGCGGUGGGAAGAAACCCGGAAGUAUCGCUCGAGUCACAGAGGAAUGUUGUGUACCUGGCUGUAUAUCUUAACAGCGAAGAGAAAUGGACACCAAUUUAUAAUUUCACCGCCUUCCGAGUGACCCGAAGGUCUGUUCUGAAUAUGUAGCGAAAAUAAGAAAAAGGAUAUCCAACCUUAUUUUUAGCUAAGGAAAAUGGCACUAGUUAGCUAACAUUUUCUUUCCCAAACACACAAUUUAGAUGCCUUAUAUUAAACUUAAGUUAAUGAACUGAUUCCUUUACCAUAUUAGGCUUGUCUUGAUACAAAAUUUUUGUACUGAAAUGUAAAAAAAAAAAAAAAAAAA